AUGGGGUUUGACUCGGACUCGAUGACCCGGGCCCCACACUCGGGGAGGAAAGGGUCAAAGAAAGUCAGGACCGGCUGUAUAACAUGCAAGAUUCGCAAGGUCAAGUGUGACGAAGCAAAGCCUUUUUGCAUGCGUUGCACCAAGACGGGCCGCCGUUGUGAUGGCUACCUGGACGCCAAAACCAUGUCGCAGCGACGGCGCCGGUCCGCCGUGCACAUGAUCAGCAGCGUGGGGGAACCCCGAGCGCCCCCUUCGUUGUUCUACGACUGGGCUGCCGCAGACGAGAGGCGGGCCUUUCACUUUUUCCAGCACAUCACGGCGCCUUGCCUCUCGGGAGACCUCGAUGGGGCGUUCUGGCGAGUCCUGGUGCUCCAAAUAUGUCAGUCCGAACCCGCGGUCCGCCAUGCCGUCCUCGCCGUCAGCAGCUUGCACGAGGGAAUGGUGCAGGCCACCGGGACAUCCCACGUCAACGUCAACGUCAAGGCCAACAGCGAGGAGCGCAGUUCGUUCGCGCUGUACCAGUAUAACCGAGCCAUUGCCUUUCUCCUAGACCAGAUGCGCACAGUCGACGCGAAGCCACUGGUCCCUCUUCUGACAUGCGUGCUCUUUGUAUGCAUCGAGCUCAUGCAAAGCAAGGACAGGGAGUCGCUCUUACAUCUUGACCAGGGCCGGCAAAUAUUGAGCCAACUCGGCCGCAAGGGCACGGCUGCCCCGAGUCGCGAGAUCAACCUCAUCAAGCAGCACUUGGUGCCCAUGUACACCAGGCUGAGCCUGACGUCACUUAUGUUUGGCGGCGAGCCCGUGGAAAUCCCAGAACCGCUCAAAACCCUUACCGAACUUCCCAUGGUGUUCGAGACGAUCGACGAGGUCCGGUACGCGCUUUACGACUUUAUGGACGAGUGCUUACGGUUCGCCAAGAAGACUCGGUUAGCCAAGCUCAGCAGCAUUCCUUCCGACACGAUGAGGGCAUACGAGACAGAACAGGAAGCCCUGCUCAGGAAGUUGGCCAAGUUCAAUGUUGCUUUCUCGAUGUACCGCUCCACGAAAUCCCGGGCGUCUCUCACGGGAUCCCUCUCCUUAAUACAAAUACACGUCCAUACCACCUACAUUUGGAUCUCGACAGCACUCAGCCAGAACGAGACGGUCUUUGACGACUACGUCGACACAUUUUCCGCCAUUAUUCCGCUAGCCACAGAGUUUAUCGCCUCGCUUUCUAGGCCCUCGGCCACGCCUGAACACCAGUUAACGGGCGGGUCACUAGGGACAGAUACACGCCGUUUUUCGUCUCUGUUUACCUUCGAAAUGUCCAUCAUCGCGCCGCUCUACUUUGUCGGGGCCAAAUGCAGACAUCCCAUCAUCCGGCGCGCGGCACUAGACCUCCUCCGGCGCAACCCAUCGCGGCGCGAGAACCUCUGGCGGGCCAAUGUCAUGGCCGAUAUCGCCGAGAAGACGAUGCGGCUGGAGGAAAAGCACUUACGCCCGGACAGCCAGCCACACUCUCGGCGUUCCUCGCCACCCGAACUGUCAGGUCUGUUCUUGGGCUCCUCAGGGUUGGGCGAGGACACGUGGGCCACCGAGAUGUUGGACUCGUUCCCCGUCGCAUUCGGCCCCGGCAACCCCGGCCCGCCUGCCGCAUGCAUGAGCAGACCCGUGUUUGAUAGUUACGAAGUUAGCCAGCCGACCGUCACCACAUCGUCCUGCUCGUCUUCCUCCCUCACGGGGAGCGCAGAGAUGGGUAGCAUAGACGACCUUACGGCGCACAUGCCCAUUGACCCCACGCUGUUCCUUGACCCGACAGAAGACACAGCUGGGCAUCCCUACAGCGCCGCUCCUUCAGUUACUUCCUCGCUCGAGGACUUCACCGGGUCCGCGACGUCCACGCCGUAUGUCGGGGCCACCUCAGCCGCCGCGGACGCCCCGGCGGAUCUAUGGGGCAAUCCAGUAUCAUUACCAAACUCACAGCAGCCACCAGACAUCUCAAUCUCAGUAGAAGCCGGCGGUAUGCCGCUUAGCGACACCAGCCCAUACCUCACGGCGUUGCCAUUCCAACAGCAGCACUCGCAGUCCCAAUCACAUUCACAGUCUCAUUCCCGCACCCACUCGCGAUCCCACUCUCAACAACCCUCCCGAUCACGCGGCUCAUCGUUCGCCACGCCGGACGGCUCUCCCAACCAGCCUGUGAUGGGGACAGACGUGGCCGGGUCGAUGUCCAUGACAGCGAUGUUCGGCACACACAGCAACAGCACCACCGCGAAACCACCACCACACCACCACCAGUCACGGUACAGCGGGGGGUUGAGAGUGGGCCAGCUUAGUCCGGCCACGGGACGGCGAAGCGCGGACGCGCCGUAUGAUGUGCCGGAGCACUUUCGUGUGCACGAGUCGAUUAUUGGGCCAGAUAAGGAGGAUGGGACGAAUUGGGUGAUGUUGUUUCGGAAGUUGGGCGGGUUGAAUGCGGAGUGGGAUGUGUUGACGGAGUAUAUGGCGGUUGCGUAG